AUGGUUGGGGACUCGAUUGGCUUACCAGGGUCUGCUAUCUUCGGUUUGGCACCAGGUGAACACUCUCGUCCUCCGCUUCCUGUCCUGUGGUUAGUACGUGUUUCUAUGAAGAACCUUCACCUUCGUGGCUGUACUGACUGUCCCGACAGCUACCCAACACCACAUGGCGCAGUGAGUAGUAGGAUCACGGGUCUUCCCGACGCCAUCGCCGCCACGCCAGCAGGGACUCCACUGCCUCUUCACGCCCUUCCCUGGGUUUUACGGAGCUUCAGUGACUCUUUGACUUGUGCUGAGACCCAGCUGAAGAUGGUUUUGCUCAUGGGCAUCAGAGAGGAGGAGCUCGUUCAACGCCUCAUCUCUAUGGACUCAGGUGCCCCUCUCCAGGACCUGGUCACCUGCUGCCGCUCGUAUGAGGCCGCCCGGAACACAGCAUCCGCCAUCCAGUCGUCUCCAAGUCAGCUGUUCUCCAUCUCUGCCUACAGACGGGAGAAGCAACGUGACAAGGCCGCCUCCUCACUUCAGCAACCGCCUUCGGAACAGCGAGGGAAGCCUGCAGCCGUUGACGUGUCCCAACCCUGCCAGUGUUGCUCCCGCCGGCACUCAUAUGGUCAGUGCCCUGCUGUCGACAGCACCUGUAGCAACUGCGGACGCAAGGGCCAUUGGGCAAAGACUGCCAGGUGCCCUGCCAAAGACACCCAAUGUCGUGCCUGUAAAAAGACUGGGCAUUACGACAAGUGCUGCAGGUUAACAAAUGCGACUCACAGCCAGAACAGCUCUCACGCUACGUCACAGAAGAAGAGCUCCUGCCGCAGUGUGACUCGCAGUCCAGCGUCUGAGGCCAUGACUCCUAAACCUGUGUGUAUUCACCUGACGCAUGGAGGAUCCACUUCCCACCUCCAAAUGCUGCCAGAUACAGGCGCGGACGUCACAGUCAUUGGCCAGCGACACCUCAGCAUUCUUCAAAUCCCCAGGAACAGCCUACAGCCUCUACCUCCCGUGCACACGCUGACGGCGGACGGUUCAGAGAUGGCACCUGCCCUGGGAUGUUUUCAAGCUACCUUACGGCUCGGGCAAAGGUCUUGCAUCGCCCAGAUCCAAGUUCACGAUGGCGUCCAGACCCCACUCCUCUCCUAUGGCCACUGCAAGGAACUGGCCAUCAUCUCCCCGGAGUUCCCGAAGCCGAUUCUCAAGGUCAAGCAUGUUAACCGGUGCAGCGAGCGGCCCCUCCUGACAUCACGUCUCCAUAUGCUGCAAAGGACCCAUGCAGAUCCACCUGAAGGAGGGCGCUACACCGUUCGCCAUUCACACACCACGACAGAUCCCUUCGCAUUCCAGCAGCAAGUCAAGGAUGAGCUGGACUCCAUGGUGCGUCAAGGGAUAAUUGAGCCUGCCGGCGAUGAGCCGUCUGCCUGGUGUCACCCCUUGGUCGUCGUGGCUAAGGACAAGGGAGUUCGCAUCACGGUGGACCUCACAAAGCUCAAUAGCCAGGUUUCUCGCCCAGCUCACCCAGCACCAACACCUUACGCCGCUGUCCGCAGAGUCACUCCGUCAUCCCGCUUCUUCACGACAGCAGAUGCUCUGUGUGGGUACUGGCAGUUGGUACUUGACGAGAAGGAUCGCCACCUCACAACUUUCAUCACCCCGUUCGGCCGGUUUAGGCAUUGCCGAGGCCCCAUGGGCUUCGCAGCUACUGGUGACGCCUACUGCCACCGCGGCGACUUGGCACUCAAGGGUUGGAGAAUUAGGAUUCAUCAGAUGCUCAGCAGAUGCAGAGAGCACGGGAUCACCCUCAACAAGGACAAGUUUUCAGUUGCCGAGCCUCAGGUCCGAUUCUGUGGCUACAACCUCUCCCCCUCUGGCAUCUCUGCAGGCGAAGACCGCGUCAGUGCAAUCCGGGACUUUCCUACGCCCGCGAACUUGACUGACCUCCGCUCCUUUAUGGGCUUAGUGAACCAGCUGUCAGAGUUCACCCCGGACAUAGCAGCCGCAGCCCAGCUUCUUCGCCCUCUCUUGAGCCCUAAACGGACGUUCACUUGGACAGCGGACCAUGAUGAAGCCUUCAACCAUGUCAAGACGGUGCUUCUCCAGCCGCCUGUUCUGGCCCACUUUGAUCCAGCGCUACCAGUCGUCCUCCAGACGGAUGCCUCCCGCCUUCAUGGGAUUGGGUACGCUCUCCUACAAGAUCACGGCCAAGGAUGCACACGACUAGUUCAAUGUGGCUCACGCUUCCUCACUGACGCUGAGACGCGCUACGCCACCAUUGAGCUCGAGCUGCUUGCCGUUGUAUGGGCCAUGUCCAAGUGUCGGCUCCACCUCAUAGGCCUACAGCACUUCACGCUGAUGACGGACCAUCGGCCACUGGUCCCGAUCCUGAAUGCCUACACUUUGGACGCGAUCGAGAAUCCCCGUCUCCAACGUCUGAAGGAGAAAAUCUCGCCCUACCUCUUCACAGCCGUAUGGCGCGCCGGGAAGUUGCUACGCAUCCCAGAUGCUCUGUCGAGAGCCCCAGUCAGCCACCCCACUCCUGAGGACGAGAUGGCGUGCACUGCUGCCACUGCCCACCUGCGGUGUGUCGUAGCUGCCAACGCUGAAGGCUCCGACCAAAACACACCACACCAUGACGCCGAUCGGACGCUCCAGGAGUUCAGAGCAGCAGCGAGGGCAGACCCGUCAUAUGCCCACCUCACCGCCUGCGUGACAUCUGGCUUCCCGUCCAACCGGUACGAGCUCCACAGUUCCCUACUUCCCUACUGGAAGCUCCGCGAUCACCUCUACGCAGAUGGGGAGCUUGUCCUCUAUGGCCAGAGGAUCGUGGUUCCUGUAGCUCUCCGCCGCCGCACCCUUGCUCGUCUCCAUGACAGCCACCGCGGUGUGGAAGCCACUCGCCGUCGGGCGAGGCAGACUGUUUUCUGGCCUGGCAUUGACUCUGACAUCGCCAAUACUGUUCGUGCCUGUGAACCAUGUCAAGUCCUCCAGCCGAGCCAACAACAGGAACCCCUGAUGUGCGACGACAACCCAUCCAGGCCCUUUGAGUCCGUCUCCGCAGACUUCUUCACAGUCGCUGGCAAGUCCUUUCUUGUCAUUGCGGACAGACUCUCGGGAUGGCCUGUGGUCGUCCCAUGUGGUGCGGACACCACAGCCACACGCACCAUCCAGAUGUUCUGCCGCUAUUUCCGGGAAGUGGGUGUCCCCCUCCGUCUCCGCACUGAUGGCGGGCCCCAGUUUGCCAGUGCAGACUUCCAGAACUUCAUGGAGCGCUGGGGUGUUCACCACAUAGUGACUUCGCCGCACUAUCCCCAGUCUAAUGGCCAUGCUGAGGCGGCUGUCAAGUCGGUGAAGCAUCUCAUCUUGAAGACAGCCCCCUCCGGCAACAUUGAUACGGAGGAGUUUGCCAGAGGUCUCCUGGAGCUGCGUAACUCUCCCAACUAUACAGGACGGUCCCUUCGCAACACCUCUAUGGCCACCCUCUUCGGUCCUGCGUCCUCCCUGCCCACCCAGAGUCCUUCUCCGCGGACUGGCAGACCAAGACCCAGAGGAAUGCGACGGCUGACGGUCCCCUCGCAACACCUCUAUGGCAUUCGGUCCUGCGUCCCAUCCAGAGUCCUGCCCAUCCAGAGUCCAGACUGGGACCAAGACGGAGGUGCGACCGCCGCGCUGCUCCGCUGGGAUAAGGUCACUAUGACCACGUGGUCAUGCAUUGGAGCCACAGUCCGCAUCCAGGACCUUGUGUCUCUCCGCAGGGAUAAGGUCAGUGUGGUCAUGGGGGAAUAUGAUGUUCGUCUCCUCCAGCGGACACGAGAAAAGUCCGUCUGCUUUACUUGCUCCCCCAGUUGCCCCACGUCGUUCCCAGCGGCUCAUGGAAAAGAGUUCCGCUCGAGACAGUGCUACGAGCGUGAUGGGGGAGGGAGAACCUUCACCUUCGUGGCUGUACUGUCCCGACAGCUACCCAACACUACAGAGAUCAGUCUCCUUAUUGAAAUAAUAGAAAAGUACAAGGACAUUCUAAUGGACAAGAAAACUGACUGUGCCAUGAUCACAAAGAAGAAUGAAGCAUGGAAUAGAGUCGCUGAGUUGUUCAAUAGUGCAGCGAUGGAAUCCAUCCUAUUCUAA